CACAGUGACGACAGUAACAAAACACAGCAGCAGACAAGAAACGGGGUGUUGCUUGAUAUAAACAUUACACAAUCUUAGGCGUACAGAACCGACUAAAAUAUAACCAAAAACACAUUAUUGUUUGAGCACGAAAUAUAUUGAUAUUGGUCAAUACACAUGUUGCCGCAUGUAAAUUAAGUGCUAGAAAUCCCAGAGCAGUUUUCUGGAGGAUGUGAUACAUGCGGAUAGGAUUCUAAAAUACUAAAUGAAAAUCGAAGGGAAACGUAAAGGACGCUGGAGAAAUCAACAUGAAGUUAUAUGUGUUUCAGGUCAACAAUGGAAGUACCCUGACUUUUGAUACUGAACUUGCUGUACAAACUGUUGCAGACCUUAAACAUGCUAUCCAGGUCAAAUAUAAGAUUGCUACCCAGCACCAAGUUCUUGUCGUCAAUGGUGGGGAAUGCAUGGUUGCGGAUAGGCGUGUUUGCAGUUAUAGCGCUGGCACGGAUACAAAUCCAAUUUUUCUGUUCAACAAAGAGAUGAUUUUGUGUGAUCGCCCCCCAGCGAUUCCUAAAACAACUUUUUCAGUGGAAAAUGAAAUGGAGCUGAAGGUGGAAGAAUCUCUAAUGAUGCCAGCUGUUUUUCACACUGUUGCUUCAAGAACACAACUAGCUGUGGAAAUGUUUGAAGUUGCCAAGAAGCUUUGUUCAUUUUGUGAACGGCUAGUCCAUGAUGAACACCUUCAACACCAAGGCUGGGCUGCCAUAAUGGCUAACCUGGAUGACUGUACACUCUCUUAUCAGAAGCUGCUUUGUAAAUUUGAAACUGCCUAUAACAAUUAUCAACAGAGCAUCGAGGACAUUAAGCAGAAACUUGCCAGUCUAGGGAAUGCUGUAUCUGUUAUGGCUAAGAUUCCACUCCUGGAGUGUCUAACCAGGCACAGCUAUAAAGAAAGUUUGGAAAGACUGAGCUCACCUGCUGAGAAGGAAGGAGCAGAGGAAGAAACUGAUGAGGAAAAAUCUACUAAAUCCGUGCUACACUCUGGAGAACCUAGAGCUAGUCAUAAAUCAUCAGCUUCAUUUUCCAUAUCGGUGGAACAUCCAACUCAGGACUGUGCAACACAAGAAGACAAAGAGACAAACAGUAAAAGUCAAGAUGCUGUGCUGCAAGACUGUGAUCCGCAAGAGAAGAGUGACUUGCCGUUAUUUAAUGUCUCGUUAUUAGACUGGAUAAAUGUACAAGAUAGACCAAAUGACGUUGAAUCUGUUGUCAGAAAGUGCUUUGACUCCAUAAACAGACUUGAUCCAAGAAUCAUUCAACCCUUUUUGGCAGAAUGUCGGGAUACUAUUGCCAAACUUGAUAAUCAGAACAUGAAGGCUAUUAAAGGACUUGAAGACAGGCUAUAUGCACUAGACCAGAUGAUAGCCAGCUGUAAAAAGCUGGUAAAUGAACAGAAGGAACUAGCUCAGGGAUUUUUAGCCAAUCAAAAAAGAGCUGAAAAUCUGAAAGACACUUCUGUUCUACCUGACUUGUGUCUGAGCCAUGCAAACCAGCUGAUGAUCAUGUUAACCAAUCACCGGAAACUAUUGGAUAUUAAACAGAAGUGCACCACUGCCAAACAGGAGCUUGCAAACAAUCUACAAGUCAGACUAAAGUGGUGUUGUUAUGUGAUGCUUCAUGCAGAUCAGGAUGGGGAGAAACUGCAGGCCUUGCUUCGUCUUUUAACUGAGCUGUUUGAGAGAGUCCGGGUGGUUGAGGCUCUUGGCACUGUUCCUCAGAUGUAUUGCUUGGCUGUUGUGGAGGUUGUGAGGCGGAAGAUUUUUAUAAAACACUACAGAGAAUGGGCCAAUGCUUUAGUAAAGGAUGGAAAACAGCUCUAUGAAGCAGAAAAAGCUAAAAGAGAUUCAUUUGGGAAGUUGUUCAGAAAAUCUUUUCUCAGAAAUCGCUUGUUUAGAGGACUUGAUUCUUGGCCUCCCACUUCAUUUUGCACACAUAAGCCUCGCAAGUUUGACUUUGAGCUUCCUGAAAUAUAUUUAUGUGAUCUGCAGUUUUUGCAGUCUUGCUGUCCUCCAGAGGUUCAGUCUUUUCUCAGGGUUCCAACACUGUGUGACUUUGAGCCUUUACACCAGCAUGUACAGGUCCUUCACCAACUGGUUAAAGCUGCUCAGAGCGUGGAUGAAAUGUCACAAACCAUAACAGACCUUCUGAGUGAGCAAAAGGCAUCCAGUAGUCAGCCAACUCCAAAGUCCACUAUGGUACCAAUAUCGGAAAGCACAACAGGAGCCGCAUCUACCUCUUCCAAAACUCCACCCUCACUCGACCUUCAGGGUGGCAUAUGUCAACCUCUGAGUCUCCAGGGCCUGUUAGAAGAUUUAUCUCCAGAUAGCAUUGAUGCCCAUACAUUUGACUUUGAGACCAUUGGCCAUCCAAACAUGGAUACACUUUUAAAACAAGGAUCUCUAGACUUGGACUCCUUAGCAGAAAGCCCUGAGUCAGACUUCAUGUCUGCUGUUAAUGAGUUUGUCAUUGAGGAAAACUUGACUUCCCCUAAUGCAAUCAGUGAUCCACAAAGCCCUGAGAUGAUGGUAGAAUCUCUUUAUUCCUCUGUCAUUAAUGCAAUCGACAACAAGCGCAUCCAAGAUACAACCACUUUGGAAAAGGAGAACACCAAAGUUGCAAUGUUGAAAGUAUGCAUAGAAAAAUACAGGUCAGCUGCUGAGGAAUCACAGGGCAGUUUAAAGAGCAUCAAGGAGGAUCUUUGUCAUUUUAGAGGACUGGUUCAAAAGGAGCAGAGAGAUUUUAGCUUUGCUUUAAAAUCUGUAUCGGGAGAAGUAAGAAACAUAAUUGAUAAUAUUAAGUAUUCCCACAAUGAGAACUUAAAGGAAAUACAUCAACAUGAACAACAAAUCAUUCAAAGGGAUUAUGAAGAUGAAACACAGAGGUUAAGGGAAGAAUCCAAUUUGAACCAGAGAAACCUGGAGGAAUUAAAGAAGGUGUUGUUAGAGCUUGAAGAGGGCAUCGAAAAUAAAGAAAAUGAAAUUUCUUUGUUAAAAAAUGAGAAAGACAUGUUUCUAGAGUCAGAAAAUAGCAAAGAUCAAAAACUGCUUGACUUGGAGCAAAAAAUGCGAGACCAAAAUAGUGAAAUGCAAGAGCUAUUGCAAUCUAGAGAGUCACUGAAAGGCGAUUUAGCUAAAUUAUAUCUUGAGAUUGACAAUAACAAGCAAAAACUAAAGCUUGAAUUUGAGAACCUUGAAAAGAGUCACCUAAAGGAACUGGAGGAAAGGCUACAGAUCAGGCAUGCCAAAGAACUGCAUGAACUGGAAAGGGAAAACCUUGAAAACCAAGAAAACAUAGUAAAAGAAAACCAAGAAAAGCUGCAUCAAAUGCAGGAACUCCAUGCAUCAGAACUUCAAGCAUGUGAAAAUCAACUGAAGGAACUUGAAGUCAAAGUUUCUGAGCUAUCUGAUAUGAGGUGUAAGUUGGAGGUCGAAAUAGCCCUGAAGGAAGCAGAGACAGAAGAAAUAAGACUGCUUUUGGAGGAAACCAGAUCUCAGCAGCAAGAGACUGUGAGGGUUGAGGUUGAAAAGGAAACUGAGGCUUUGAGAAGAGAGAUUAAUGAUCUAAAACAUCAACUUCAGGCUAUGAAUGACGAGAAUGAAGUUGGACUUGCAGAGCUGAGAGCUCUAAUGAGAAUUGAAAAAGACCAUUGUAUCUCUGAGUUAGUUGACAGUCAUGAAAAAGAGACCAAUCUUCUCCGCUCUGAGCUAACGUCUUUACAGAAAAAAGCCAUGGAUGUUGAAAGGGACCUUAAAGAACAAAUUAGGCAGCUUCAGAAUGACUGUGAUAAUCAGAUUAAUGCUCAAGAGAAAGAAAAAGAAGAAAAGGAAAGGGUUUUUCAGGAGCAGCAACAACAUUGUAAUAAUGUUAUAUGUGGUCUUCAGGAAGAAAACAAACUUCUGUCAAGCAAUCUGCAGCAGGAGAAGCAGACUAAUAUGCAGAUUUUGAACAAGGAAAAGGAGGAGGCCGUCAAAGCUGCCCUGGCAGAUGCCUUUAAAGACUUUGAACACCAGAAGAAGGCUACUGAAGAAAAACUGUUAGAAAAGAUCAAACAGCUUGAGAAUCAGUUGAAAGAAAAAAGCUGUACAGAAAGAGAGGUUUUGUCGUCUAGUCAUACUGAGGCACUUGCUGGGAAACCGCUAACUAGUAAUGCAGAUCUUCAGGAAAAGUUCCACGAAGAAAGGGCCUCUUUACUGGGGCAACUUGAACGGCUUGAAAAAACAAAGAACGAAGAAAUGCAGACCCUUAAAACAUCAUUGAUAGCAGAGCAGCAGAUGAAUUUCAAUACUGUUGUUACAAGAGAAAAACUGAAGAAGGAACAAAUAAUAAACGAGUUAAAUGAUAAGCUGAAGAAGACAGCACAGCAGCAGGAAAGGGACAAAGAUUUGAUUGAAACUCUCUCAGAGGACAGAGCAAAUUUGCUCCAAGAAAAGAAGCAGCUAGAAGAAGAACUUAACAAGGUCCGCAGCAGUUCAUUGGUUUCCUCAGCAUUCUUUUCUUCUGCUAAUCAUCCGGCUGGGGCUGAUUUGGCGGGAGCGUGCGCAGUAGAACCCCCUGUUGAGUCUGAGAGGCUGACCUCAGUUGCUGCCAUUGGGGAAGAUGGGAGAAUAGAUUCUGCAGUGGAAGCCAGCAUGAUGGCUGUACAUGAAAAUAUACCUGUCAUAUCUGAGGAAAAACAAAGGAUCAUUUUAUUAGAAAGGACUUUACACAUAAAGGAAGAAGAGAACAAGCGUCUAAAUCAACGGCUGAUGUCUCAGAGCAUGUCUUCAGUAUCAUCAAGACAUUCUGAAAAAAUUGCCAUUAGAGAUUUUCAGGUUGGAGAUUUGGUUCUUAUUAUCCUGGAUGAACGGCAUGAUAAUUAUGUCCUGUUUACUGUUGGCCCAACCUUAUACUUUCUGCACUCCGAGUCUCUUGCAGCAUUGGAUCUCAAACCAGCAUCAGGUACGCCACGAAGGCCUUGGGUUCUUGGAAAAGUUAUGGAAAAGGAAUAUUGUCAAGCAAAGAAGGCUCAAAACCGAUUUAAAGUUCCAUUGGGCACAAAGUUCUACAGAGUGAAAGCUGUACCCUGGAACAAGAAAGUAUAACUUCAAGACAAAAAGAACUAUCAUCAGAUCAUUGAUUGUUUUGUCAUUUUUCUUACUUAUCUCAUUUUACUCAUAUGUACCCUCUUUAUCAUAGUUCACAGUGGCAGGCAGUAUAAACAUGAUCAAUUCUUGGGCGCCCUUUUGCAGUAAGUUCUUGAUUUGAAAAUUUGAAAAUAAAAAAUAAAUGUGAUUUACUAA